AUGUCUCCUUAUAAUCAAGGACCUCUAGGGUUUCCCGAGCUGCGGAUACUUGAUAUAUCACAUAACAAUUUUGGUGGAAGUUUUCCAGCAAGUUACUUUAUGAAUUGGGAAGCAUUAUCUCUCAAGAUGAAUGAAGAUGGGAGUUUAUAUAUGGUAUACAGCAAGGAAGCUGACAAGAAUGUUUACUAUAUUUAUGAAGAUGUUAUAGAGUUGCAAAACAAAGGUCUAUUUAUGGAGCAAAUGAAAGUGCUCACUCUAUAUGGCGCCAUUGAUUUUUCAGGAAACAGAUUUGAAGGACAAAUUCCUGAAUCUGUUGGUCUCUUGAAGGGAUUGAUUGCGCUCAACUUAUCGAACAACGUAUUUACAGGCCAAAUUCCUCUGUCUUUGGAAAAUCUUACGGAGCUCGAGUCAUUAGACCUUUCAAGAAACAACAAACUCUCAGAGACUAUUCCUAAUGGAUUAGGGAGCCUCUCGUUUUUGGCCUACAUAAAUGUGUCUCAUAACCAACUCAAAGGUGAAAUACCGAAAGGAACACAAAUUAUUGGGCAAUCUAAAUCCUCCUUUGAUGGGAAUGCAGGGCUUUGUGGUCUUCCUCUAGAACAAACACCGUUAGAGGGAAUGACUUGGUUUUACGUCUAA